UGAGUGUGUGUGCAUGAGAUGAUUGACAUAGCAAUCAGGUUGUAUUUCUGGCCUUCAGUAUCUGGUUGGCCCUAUUUCUCUGGCUGUCCCUAGUCAUCUGAAACUCCACCUUAUUGGAAGUCUGUCACUCUAGUCUGGACGGAGAGAGUGGAGACUCCAUUUUGAGCCCCAGCUACCUUCAUCCCAAAACAUACAGUUUGCGUCCAGCCAUGGAACAGGACCCUGCAAAGGAGACUGAAGCUAAGGAUGUUGCUCCAGAUGCUGAGCUGGCCACAGCUAUUAUGAAGAGGCAUUUCCGCCCGUCCCUGAUCAAGACUGAGGCGUGGGAGGGAUACACUUUCGCUGACCUGGAGAUUAAAAUCAAGGAGUCAACUGACUGUUACGGUGCUGUGCUGUGGCCUUCAGCCAUGGUUUUGUGUCAUUUCCUUGACACUCAUCGGGAAAAGUACAACCUUAUGGACAAGAACGUCAUCGAGAUCGGAGCUGGAACUGGCCUUGUCACUAUAGUAUGCAGCCUUCUAGGUGCAAAGGUGACGUCCACGGAUCUGCCCGAUGUUCUGGGUAACCUGCGGUACAACGUUAGCCGUAACACCAGGGGGUGCUGUCGCUAUGAGCCCCAGGUGACGGAGCUCAGCUGGGGGCAGCAGCUGGAAGAGCGCUUCCCUCGCGCCUCCUGUCACUACGACUACAUCAUGGCAGCUGAUGUGGUGUACGCUCAUCCUUACCUCGAUGAACUGAUGGAGACGUUUGAACACCUGUGCUCGCAGGACACUGUGAUCCUGUGGGCGAUGAGGUUCAGGCUGGACCCUGAGAACAGCUUUGUGGACAGAUUUCAAACCCGCUUUCACUUGGAAGAGCUCUAUGACCUGCCCAGUCUGCGAAUUAAGUUGUACAGAGCACAAAAGAAACUCUCACAGAGUCAGUCUGGGGCUGCAGCGUAGAACUGAGAAUGAAGCUGUCCUGGAUCUAUUGUGUGUGUGGACAUUUAGCUGUUUGUCGGGACUGUAUGUCACCAGAACGGUAACAAUUUUGAUUUUGUUGGGAGAUCUGGCUGGUGUCUAUGAGCAUCCUUGCUGUUAGAUUCAGCUAAAUGUGGGCAUGUUUAUAACUUUGCGUUGUAAACUCUCAGUUGGCAGCUAAAGAAACUAUGUUUCCAGUGUCAAUUCCAGUGCAUUAAAGUCUGAGACCACCGGUGAAAAUGCUUUGAUUUUGCGUUUCUUACUAAUUUAAUACAGAGAUGUUUAUUAUAAAUGAUAUUGGGUAAAAAAUAGAACCUUUGAAGGUUUACAUACCAGAUUUUCAAAGUGGUCUCAGGCAUUUGGACUCCACUGUAUAUAUAUAAAUAUUGGCCUUCACAAAUAUUGACACCCAGGUAAACAUGAGCAAAACGAGCUGUAAAAAAACAUUCUGUAUUGCUUAUCCUUAUGAUCUUUUAUUAAAAAUAGUAAGAAAUAUUAACCAUUAUACAGUGUUUGAAAGAAAAGACUUGAAUCUCAUCAUGAAACAAAUCAUUUUAUAUGGGACACAAUUGUUUGCACCACUAUUCUUAGGAGUGAAAUCUAACUAAAGUAUAUUCCAUUCAUAUUUUAUGUCUGAAAGUUCACUUGAGUGAUUAGAAACACUAAUGUUUCAUAGCUGACAAGUGGUCAGCUAAGACCAUUUAAUUUAUAGGAUAUAAAUAUGUGGUGACAAACAGGCCAACCAGAGAAUACAGAAAUGAUAUGUGCCAAAAGGUUGUUGAGCUACACAAAUCAGGAAAUGGCUAUAAGAAAGUAAAUGAACAGUUGAAAUGUGCUCGGAUACUUGGUGUCAUGGACCAGUACCAGCAGAUAUUAAGUCAAGACCUGACUGCCUCAGCCAGGACACGUACAUUCGACUGUCGUUGGAUCUUCCAGCAGGACUGCACAAAGUAUUACAUGAUUUAAGAUCACAGUUUUGACAAAAAUAUUUCUUUCCUGAUAAGAUGUGGGUUUUUUUUUAAAAAAAAUCAAAAAGAAAAGCAAUAAAGAAUGUUUUUUAAAGCACAUUUUGCUCAUGUGUACCAGGGAUGCCAGUAUUUGUGGAUGCCACUGUGUGUUUAAUUCUAAUAAUUAUAUUGCUUUGUUGCUGUAUUUUUAUUAAAUGCAGUGUCUGACCACUGAUACACCAUCACAGCAAAAGUAUACAUUUAAUUAAGAAGUACUUUGUCAUUGUGUCAUCAACUUAAAUGGUGAUUUAUUACAAAAUGCAUGCGGAAAUUUGCAAUCAUACAUAGUUUAAAUGGCAGCUGAUUAUAAAACCUUUUCAAUUCUUUUCUGUAGCAUCAACAGUUUUAAUAGUUACAACUAAAAUUGAUCUUUUAACAAGAUUUGUAGCAGUUUUUCUGUAAUACAAGACAGAAUACUUUGUAAAUUGUAUAAAAUAGACUUUUUGGAUGUUAUAAUAUCCGCUGCAUAAUUUAGCGGCUUACAGUCAUAUGCAAAAGUGUGGGCACCCCGAGUGUAUUUACUUAUUUUUAUACUUAGAAAAUGAAGAGGACAUCAUUUAUAUGUCUAGUUGAUUUUCUAAGUAAAAAAAUGAGUAAAUACACU